ACGCUGGGUUUUUAGUUACAAAACGUACUCCGACAAAAAUAAUUGUCGGUGAGCUUAGAAAACAGAAUGGAAAAGGACAAAUAUCUGUUGUCAAAGCCAACGGCAUAUUGCUUCGCAUCAGCACCGCCAGAGACAUCACAGCCCAGUGUUUCCCAGCAGGAAUAUUCUCAAUACGGAUACCUACAACAAGAAUAUCCCCAGCAGCCAAAUCCAACGCUGAGCUAUUCACCCCAACAACAAUACAACAUACCACUCCCUCCACCAAAAUAUGAACCACCUCCAUCGCACGCACCACCACACAACACUGUCCAAGUGCGACCCAGUGGCUUUUUUAAUCGCAUCCAAACUAAUAGGCCCCAAAUGAAUGUCUUGAAUGCAGCUGCCCUCAUUUUCAUUUCGGGGGGGAUGAACAUCGCUUGGAGCAUUGGAUUCCGUAGUCGCUUAUACUAUAAUAUAACCACGCAUGUGAGCGUCGCUUGGUUCAUUGGCGCCAUCAUUGGAGCAGCAAUCAGCGGUUUUCUGCCCAAAUUUUUGCCAAAGAGAGCCAUAACGCUUUUCUGCUCCAUGCUGACAAUCAUUGGUGGCAUUGUUAACGCCAGCACCCACUACAAUAUCAAUGCCCUGACGGCAGCGCUCUAUAUGAAUGGCAUUGCAAAUGGAUUGGUAUUUGCUCCCACACUGGUGGUUGCUGGAGAGUUGGCCGUGUUCUAUAUGCGUGGAAAGAUUUGCUCAUCUACGGAACAGCUGAGCUUCAACUUUGGCAUCUUUUUGCAAAUCUUGAUACACUCAACCAGCUCGGAUUCAACAUGUCACUACGAUGGUUUCAAUCCAGAUCGCAUAAGUGGCAUUUUGUCCGCAGUGUUUGGAUUUAUUGGACUAUGCUUAGCCGCUUUGCUGUUCAUUGAGUCACCAGUGGCAUUGCUGGACAUGGGGCUAGAGGAUCAUGCCACGGAUGCGUUGCGUCGCCUGCAACAUCCGUUUACUUUUAAUGGGGAAACAUAUGCACAACUGGCGGAGCAUAAGCUUUACGUAGCCGAAAACAAGCAGCUGUCAUCCGAGCAGAGCGCUGUUGAGGCAUGUCCAGCCUUUGUGAAACUCUGCAUUCUGCGUGUGCUCAAUGCGAUGAGCAUAUCCAGUUUUAUUUACUAUGCAUUGUGGCUUUCCACAGACGAUUUUUACAAGGAAAAUGAGACGAGGUCGACUUUUCUAAUAUUUGGCGCCUGUCGGCUGCUGGGCAGUUUUAUCACUUCCUUUUUAAUGGAUUCGAUUGGGCGCAAGAAGUCGACACUACUGGGCCUUAUAGUUUGCGGCUGCUUGGCAAUUGGCAUUGGCAAUCAAUACCACUUUCCUGAUUACAAAUAUGUUGAGCUUUUGCUAGAUAUCUUCCAGGCAUUUGCUGGCGUUGCAUUCGCCGCCUCCUCUGCCUACCUGGCCGAGGCCUAUCCUUUGAAAGUAAAGCAGCACUUUAUUAGCUUCACCUUUAUUGUUGAGCUUGUGGUGUUCAUUGUAAUUACAUCUCAUGACGUUGUCAAUGAGUUCUUCUAUGUUAUCGGUGGCAUUUAUAUAGCCGUCUUCCUUCUGUCAAUUUGGAGCCUGCCAGAGACACGAAGAACCACUUUAUUAGAGUCACAGAGAAGAUUCCGAGGCUGCUGCGGAUCAAAAAGACCUUAAAGGAAAGGAAAUCAAUAAGAAUUUACAUUUUCCACAUACAGGAAUAACUAUAGCUUAAGAAAAUAAUACUGUUUAUGAGAGUGUAUCUUUUUAAAUUAGUAAAAUGGAUCCACUAAAGUAAAAAAAAAAGAAAAAA